AUGAGACGAGUUCAAUCACUUGAAUUUAAUAAUAAUAGUUAUUCAUCAUUGUCACAACAAAAUAAAAAAGUAUCAUUGCCUUCCACUAAUGAAACAAAUUUCGCACCUAAAUCUUCUUACGGUUGGUUACGUCGUUCAACAUCGAAUCGAAAUGAUCGAACAACAGUUGUACCUAUGGCAGUAGUUCACGAUGAAAUUCCAAAUUAUUUCGGAUCGACAAUGCAAUCAAUGUGUCUUGCUUUUUUCACAUUAGCUUAUACAGAGUUAAUUGAUGAUGUUGUUUUUUCUGGUAAUUCAAUGAUUGUACAUGCUUUUUUAAAAUUCGUAACUAUUCUUUGUAUUGGAAUUGCUCUUGUUGCUGCAUUUGCAUCUAUUCGAGUAUUUAUUGUUACCUCACAAAUAUAUGAAACUAAUUUAAAAAAUAUCAAUUCAGAUUCAGCAAAAAUUUAUUCAAUAUUAGCUAGAUUUGGUUCAAUAAUAGUAGCACUUACAUGUGGAAUUAUUAUAUGUGUUUUUGCUGCCGUUUCAUUAUAUGUCCUAUUUAUCGGAAGAACAGUCUAA